AUGUAUAUAACUGUUCAACAAAACUGCUUCUUGAAAGAAAUACCAACUGCGCUACAGUGUGUGGAUGACGGUCUAUCACUAACAGAGAGUUUAAACGUUGAUAAUACUACACGAUUGAUCAGCAACGGUAAUUCCUCAAUACAAGUUCCUAAUGAAGAAUAUCUUUUAAAGAUCGUCCAUCAGAUUGUAAAUGAGACUACAAUCUGUAGUAGCCUGUCAAUAUCGAAUUGUGAAACCUGUCUACAGGUUAAUCUGACUAAAUCCGCAUUUAUUGAUAAAGGUAACGGAUCUCUAGUGUACAAUUCAACUGGACAUGUCUUUGAUGAGCAUGAGUAUUAUUACUCAAAUCCCUCAAACACUACUAUUUUUAUGUGUUCGUUUCUGAACCAAACGGGAUCAAAGACGGAAGAAAUUAUUUUUUUCAAUUAUUCUGGUACUCUACUAAUUAUCAGUGUCGUUGGAACCAUUUUGUCACUAAUUGGUCUACUCAUUACUAUCUUUCUUCGUGUCAUCAUCAGCGAGAUGAGGACACUUCCUGGAAAGAUUAUUAUGAACGUUUCCAUUGCAUUGUUUUGUUCGUUGUUACUAACUUUAAUCCAGAGUAACUUUAUUCAGUGGCUGAAUGGUUGUAGAGCAGUUGCAGCCAUAUUGCAUUAUCUGUGGCUUGUUUGUUUCUUGUGGAUGAAUUCGAUAGCAUUUGAGCUUUUUCUUACAUUCCGUUUCUUUAGAGUUACUUCGAGGAGUGUAAGAGCUCAGCGUAAAACUUUUAACCAGUAUUUUCUUUACAGUUGGGGCAUUCCUGCUGUCUUUGUUGGAGUAAUUGUUGCCAUUAGUUCUUGUGAAUGCACAGGUUUAAACGUAGUGUACGGUGAUGAAACGGUGUGUUGGAUUCGAGACGAAGUUGCAUCAUUCUACGUAUUUGGCAUUCCAUUAGCUGUAAUACUUCUGCCAAAUCUUAUACUAUUUGUGGCAACUAUUACGGGAAUUAGAGAAUCGAAAAGUGCUUCGGAACGUGUCAUAAAAGGAAAAUCAAAGCAAACACAAUUGAUGGAAGAAAUGAUAAUCUACAUCCGGAUCUCGACUGUUAUGGGACUUUCUUGGUUCUUUGGAUUUCUUGCAUCGUUCUUGGGCCAUGUGGUUCUGUGGUACAUAUUCAUUAUUUUGAAUUCUCUCCAGGGCUUUUUCGUUUUUAUUGCCUUCAACCUCACCCAUUCGGUCAGGAAGAUGAUAAAAAAGACUGAAACUAUAUUAACUUCAAAAAGCAAAGACAAAGGAAACAUCAUUAUCAGAAAAAUAGAUAUA